AUGAGGGCAUCAUUGCUUAAUAUCUUGACCGCACUUACCCUUAUCGGGCAUGGCGAGUCUUCACCUGUGGCUACCCUGGACAAGAGGUACACUCUUGAAGACAAUGGGAUCAAGUACAAGGUAUUCGAGCAUGCUGCUACUGGAUCCAAGACCAAGAUCGUGUCCAACUCUGGCAUAUGCGAGACGACACCCGGUGUGAACCAGCACUCGGGUUACUUGUCUGUCGGAACCAACAUGAACAUGUUCUUUUGGUUCUUCGAGUCCCGCAAUAACGCAAAGACAGCUCCACUAGCCCUGUGGCUCAAUGGCGGACCUGGAUGUAGCUCUAUGAUCGGCCUGUUUCAGGAAAACGGACCAUGUACCUUCAACAAGGGAGGGUCGGAGCCAACCCUGAACCCUUAUUCAUGGAACACCUUUGCCAACAUGCUUUAUGUUGAUCAACCGAUUGGUACCGGCUUCAGCUACGGUACGGAUGAUGCCGUUUCAACCCUCGCCGCGGCCCCUAGGGUCUGGAAUCUCCUUCAAGCCUUUUACGCUCAGUUCCCUGAAUACGAGAACCGUGAUUUCGGUCUCUUCACUGAGUCGUAUGGUGGCCAUUACGGACCUGAGUUUGCCUUUUAUUUUGAGCAACAGAAUGCCGCCAUUGACGCCGGAACGAUCCAAGGCGAGAAGAUCAACCUUAUUGCCCUUGGUAUCAAUAAUGGAUGGAUUGACCCUGGCGACCAAUACAAGGACUAUAUCGACUACGCCGCCAACAACACGUACCGGAAGCUUAUCACACCAAAGCAGUACAGCACAUAUCUAUCCACCUACCAGGCUAAGUGUGUGCCGGCUUUCGCCAAAUGUCCAGGUCUCACAGGUAACGACGACGCAUGUGGCAACGCCGAUGACGUCUGUUACUCAGCCAUUGAAAGCCCACUGGAGGCGUUGGCAGACUUUGAUGUAUACGACAUUCGAGCCUCCAGUGACGAUGCCUUUCCACCUGAAACAUACGCUACAUAUCUUCAGACCUCGGCCGUGAUGAAGGCUAUUGGCGCUCAGUCAACCUACGGAGAAUGUCCAUCCGCACCAUACAACAAGUUUAUGGCAAGCGGUGAUCGGGGAAGGUCAUUCUUACACACGUUGUCUCAAGUUAUCGAUUCCAAUAUUACCGUCCUGAUCUGGGCUGGUGACGCCGAUUGGAUCUGCAACUGGAUGGGUAAUUACCGAGUACUCAACUCCAUUGCUAAACCGGCAUUCGUCUCUGCUCCUCUCAAGCCAUACACGGUUAAUGGAACGAAAUAUGGUGAAUAUAAGACCUCUGGAAAUCUGAGUUGGCUUCGAGUUUACGGGGCUGGCCACGAGGUUCCGGCAUAUCAGCCUGAGGCGGCACUUGCUGCUUUUAUUUUGACGAUGUCAAAGAAACCCAUCUCGUCUUCAUAA